AUGAAUUAAUAUGAUCGAAUUAGACCUAUUGUAUUUUAAAAAGCUACAGAAGUUAACUAUAUAAGAUCUAAUUCAUUGGCUAUUCGAUCAUCUCCACUCAAAUAAUAAUUGGAUCAAUCUUUUGAUUUAUAAACAAAUUAAACCAAAAAUUAAACCAAUCAAACAUUAAAUUAUAAAUAGCUUUAUGUGAGUGAAUCAUGUUAAAAUAACAAUAAAGAAAAUUAAAUAUCUGGUAAACAAUUUUCUUUUAGAGUGGAUGAAACUUCAUUUUUAAAAUAAAGAAUUAAAUAACUUGAAACUCAAAAUACCAAUCAUAUUUCUGAAAAUAACAAAUUGGCUCAUGUAUUAGAUUAAUAAAUACAAUAACAUUAAUAAUUAUAAGAAUAAUAUUAAUCUAAAAAUUAAAUAAUAAGAAAAAUAGAUGAUGUAUAGAAAAUGAAUAAAUAUUAAUUGACAAAUAAUACAGAGCUCAAAUAAAUAAAUGAUCAAUUAAUUAUAUCUAAAUAAGUAGUUAAUAAUUUAGAAGAGAAAGUACAAUUUAUAUUAUAAGAUAAUUAAAAAUUGAGUGAAGAAAAUGACAAAUAUCUGUUUCAAGAUUAAUAAUUAAAAAUAUAAUUGGAAAAGUACAAAAGUAGAUGUUAGAUUUUAGAAAGCAAAUUAAAAUAGGCAGAGUAAUAAAAAAUAAUAUUGUAGAGAUGAAUCAUAAUGUUUGGAAUUAUAAAAAAAAAUAAAAAAAUAGAAUGAUGAAAUUGAGUUAUUGUAAAAAGAGAACAAUGAUAUGAAAUAAUAAUUGGAUUAAAAUAAUAAUAUUAUUUAACUUCAAGAGUAAAAUAAAUCAUCAUCUUAAAAUAUGUAAUAAUAUUUAUUAGAUUAUAGAGAUAAAUAUAAAGAAACAAUUUAAGAAUUAGAAUGUGAAAAUUAAUAUUUAUUAAAAGUUAUAGAUAUCGAUUAAUAGAAAAUGAAUAAUCUAGAAGAAAAACUUAAUUUAUUGACAAAAGAAAAUUAGAGAUUGACUGAUAUAGUCAAAAAUCGUCAUAAAUAAUGA